GACAUGGCGCAAGCUCGAGCGUCCGCGCUGGUGUUUCUCGCAGUCGCCUCUGCACUGGUGGUGAUGGCCGCGGCCGACGACACGAGCAACACGGUCACGGCGGCGACGACCACGACGACGGCAUCGGCGCCUUCGAGCUCCACCGCGGCCACGGCCGCGCCGACUGGGUGGCAGAAGGCGCACGCGACGUUCUACGGCGGCGCGGACGCGUCGGGCACCAUGGGCGGCGCGUGCGGGUACGGCAACCUGUACUCGCAGGGGUACGGCACGCGGAACGCGGCGCUGAGCACGGCGCUGUUCAACGACGGCGCGUCGUGCGGGCAGUGCUACAAGAUCGCCUGCGACCGCAAGAGGGCUCCGCAGUGGUGCAGGCCCGGCGUCACCGUCACCAUCACGGCCACCAACUUCUGCCCGCCCAACUGGAGCCUCCCCAGCGACAACGGCGGCUGGUGCAACCCGCCGCGCCCCCACUUCGACAUGGCGCAGCCGGCCUGGGAGAAGAUCGGCAUCUUCAGCGCCGGCAUCAUCCCGGUCAUCUACCAAAGGGUUCCUUGCGUGAAGAAGGGUGGCCUGCGGUUCACCAUUAACGGCCACGACUACUUCCAGCUGGUACUAGUUACGAACGUCGCGGCGGCCGGGUCGAUCAAGUCGAUGGAGGUGAUGGGUUCUAACUCGACGGACUGGAUGCCGAUGGCACGCAACUGGGGUGCUCAGUGGCACUCGCUUGCCUACCUCACCGGCCAGGGUCUCUCCUUCAGAGUCACCAACUCCGAUGACCAGACGCUCGUCUUCACCAACAUCGUGCCUCCGGGUUGGAAGUUCGGACAGACAUUCGCAAGCAAGCUGCAGUUCAAGUGA